AUGAAAGUAACACAAGAUCGAACAGCUUCGUACCUGAUGCCCAAGACUAGCUUCAGUUUAAUCCAAGCUUUUACCCUCGACUGUGCUACUUUCCAACACCGGGAGCUGCGAAGACGCGUGAGAUCACAGGAGGAUGAGGUCGGCGUCGGUCGGUGGGAUGAAAGACCGUUCCUUGGGCGGGUAUCCCGCCCGUGGGUCAGAUCCGGAGAACGCCCCGAACUUUACGCAGUUCAACUCGCAGAUGCCGGAGAUGAAGUUUUAGAUUUUCGCUCCAAGAAUAUCCUGCUGCCGCCGAGCGUUGAGCCAGAAACUGCCGCUAUCUCCAUACAAUUCAGCGUUCAAGAUGCUGACGUCCAUCCAGCACCUUUGAAACGACGGGCCGAAAUGGGACAAUACGAAUGUGUCCUAUAA